GUGGAUCCUGGUGGAACUUGGUGAUCAUGGACAUUGAAGCAUAUUUUCAAAGAAUUGGUUAUAAGAAGUCCAGGAGCAAAUUGGACCUGGAAACAUUAACUGACAUUCUUCAGCACCAGAUCUGGGCCAUUCCCUUCGAGAACCUUAACAUCCAUUGUGGGAAGCCCAUGGAACUGGGCUUGGAGGCCACUUUUGAUCAAGUGGUGAGGAGGAAGCGGGGUGGGUGGUGCCUCCAGGUCAAUCACCUUCUGUACUGGGCUCUGACCAAUGGGUUUCAGACCACGAUGCUGGGAGGCUAUGUGUACAACCCUCCAGACAACAAGUAUAGCAGUGCUAUGAUUCACCUUCUGCUGAAGGUCACUGUGGAUGGCAGACACUACAUAGUUGAUGCUGGGUUUGGACGCUCUUACCAGAUAUGGCAACCUCUGGAGCUAAUUUCCGGGAAGGAUCAGCCUCAGGUGCCUUGCAUCUUCCUCUUGACCGAAGAGAGAGGAACCUGGUUCCUGGACCAAAUCAGAAGAGAGCAGUACAUUCCAAAUCAAGAAUUUCUUAAUUCUGAUCUCCUGGAAAAGAAGAAGUACCGAAAGCUCUACUCCUUUACUCUCGAGCCUCGAACAAUUGAAGAUUUUGAGUCUGUGAAUGAAUACCUUCAGACGUCUCCAGCGUCUGUGUUUACAAGCAAGUCGUUUUGUUCCUUGCAGACCCCAGAGGGGGUUCACUGUUUAGUGGGCUUCACCCUUACCUCUAGAAAAUUCAAUUAUAAGGACAAUGUGGAUUUGGUGGAGUUUAAGACACUGAAUGAAGAAGAAAUAGGAGAAGAGCUGAAAAAUAUAUUUAAUAUUUCCUUGGAGGGAAAUCUUGUGCCCAAACAUGGUGAUAAAUUUUUCACCAUUUAGAGUAAGCAGUUGAGAUGAUCUUCAGUAUUAUUGUAUUCUGUAUUAUAUAGUGAAACUUGUUAUAGAAAUCAACUAUAUAUAAAAGUAGAGAGAAUAAAAUAAUUAACCUCUAUGAUCACCGAUUGUACCAACUUUCCACUGGUAAACCUAUCUCUCAUAUUUUCUCAAUGACCCUAUGAGAUAUUAAAGCAAAUUCUACAUAUUAAAUCAUUUCAACCUUUAAAAAAGCAGCCUGUGUAUUUAGAUCACUUUUUUCCUCUGAGAAUGACUCUUUCCACGACUUGUAGGUCAGUUUCAGAGACAAAUUUACUGGUGAUCAAUGUAUGAAGUCUGAAAUCCGCUGCUGUAUUUAAGAGGUGUUCUGUGAUUUGUAGUUAGACAACAUUUCAAAGAACACAGAACCACACAUCUUUUCAAAAUUAAUAAUAGUAAAGGUAUUUGAAGGAUGGCCUAUGGUUUUCUUGCAAGAAAAUUGCCAUUUUUGCUAGAAUAACUCCAUACUGGUUGAAUGUUGAAUUCAUAAAAAAUGUUUACCCAUGGCUCAGGAAAUGGACAACUGAGAAAAUAGUUUUUAUUAAAUUCAACCAGCAUGUGUCCAACAUCCAAUACCAGUUUUUACAAAAAGCCCGCAUGUACAAUGCAGGGUUAGAAUUGUACAGAGGGAAUGAGACAUGACAUUGCUCCC